GAAAUGAAUUAAAAUAAUAGGAAAUGAUUUUCAGAAAAUAUGGUUUUAUAAAAAUAAAAUAUUUAUUAAUUUGCUAACAGGUCCCUCAGUUAAUUAGUUACCACAGUAAAAGUAAUACCCUCAUUUGAAUUGAUGUGACUAUUGAUGUUCCCUCUGUUUUGAUAACUGAUACACUUCAAUAUUUUCAUCAUUUCUCAACACCAUCUUCAUCCUUCCCAAAGCAGAACAUUCCAGAGAAAGAGAAGUGUGAGAGACUGAGUGGCGGAGACGACGAGAGUGAUCGACGGUGGAACGGCGGUGGAACGCGACGACGAGGACCGACGGUGGAACGCGACGACGUGAGAGAAGAAGGCGCCAGCGACCUACGAGAUGAGUCAAACAAGUGCUUAUGGCCCUUACACACCUGGUUUCAAUACUGUGAUAAAGUUAAACCUGGAUGACGUGGAAGUUCCAGUAGAGUUUAUUGCACAAUACAAAUCUAUGCUGGGAAAUCAUGUUGUGGUUAGGGAUCCUGUAGGGGGGGAGUUCACCUUUCAGUUGGUUGUGGGUAAUAAUGGAGGUUUGCUCAUUGAUGCUGUGGUCAAGUUUGUAAAAAUGUAUGAUUUGAAAAGAAAUCAUUGGGCAGAUUUCUCCUAUUGUGGAAAGAACAAGUUUUCUAUCAGGAUAUUUGAUAGACUGAUGAAUCAAAUAAGCUAUGGUGCUGGCCCUUCUGUAAGGCAACCUGAUGUUGGGAGUUCAGGAAAGAAUGGUGAAGAGGUGGUUGUGUCUGAUGUUGGUGAUAAGGAUGAAGUUGGUGGGGAAGUUCCAGUGGAUGAUGUCGGUGGUAAGGUUGAAGUUGGUGGGGAAGUUUCAGUUCCAGUGGCUGAUGUUGGUGAUAAGGAUGAAGAUGGUGUGGAAGUUCCAGUUCCAGUGGCUGAUGUUGGUGGGGAGAUACCAUUAGCUGAUGUUGGUGGGCAGUUUAUGGAUGUGGAUAACAUUGAAGAGAAUGAUGUAAUUAUGAUAUCAAGUGAUGAUGAGGAGUAUGAUGGAAUUGUGCAAUUAAGUGAUGAGGAGGAGGAUGAUGGAAUUAUGCAAUUGAGUGAUGGAGAGGAGGAUGAUGGUGUGGAGAGGGUUAUUCAUAAUUUUGAUAAGGUCAUUAGCAGCUCUGAUUCUGGUGGAGGCCAGACAAUGGCAUUGCCUAAGUUGUAUGUGGUGAAUCAUAUUAGGGCAAACUGGGAGAAUAUCGUUCUACAAACCCCUAGGGGUAGAACUUAUAGUUGUCUGCUGAAAAGAAGGAAUCCAAGGAAGAUUGAUACUCCAAUCCACAUUGCAAAGGAUUGGUAUCAAUAUGUGAAGGAUCAUGAGUUGAAGUAUAGGGAUGUUGUGCACUUUAGGCCAGUUAGCACUCACAACAAUUUGGUUAAUGUUACCAUUACCCGUGGGCAGCCGUAGUGAGUUUGAUGUUUUGUUGAUUUCCUAUUAAUGUUUUCAGUUUGGACCUUGUAUGUUUUGCCUUUGUUUUGUGCAACUUUUGGACUGGCUUGAUGCCCCUGGCUUGUUAGACCUUUUUGGAUAUGUUUUGUGCAACUUGGUGUUUUAUGGAUAUUAGUUAAUCAAUGACUUUAUAUGUUAUUAAGG